AUGGCCAUGGUGACGCCGGUGUCUCCCACACCAGCACCAUGGGGUGCCCUGAAUGACAGCGCCGGGAGCCGCGGCAAUGGGACGGGGGCAGGCGCAGGCAGCGCCUGGUGCCAGGGUGUGUUCAUCCCCAACGAGCUGUUCCUGACGCUCGGCGUGGUGAGCCUGGUGGAGAACGUGCUGGUGGUGAUGGCCAUCGCCAAGAACCGCAACCUGCACUCGCCCAUGUACUGCUUUGUGUGCUGCCUGGCCGUGUCUGACAUGCUGGUGAGCGUCAGCAACCUGGCCGAGACCCUCUUCAUGCUGCUGAUGGAGCACGGGCUGCUGGUGGUGCAGGCCGGCGUGGUGCGGCACAUGGACAACGUCAUCGACAUGAUGAUCUGCAGCUCCGUGGUCUCCUCCCUCGCCUUCCUGGGCGCCAUCGCCGUGGACCGCUACAUCACCAUCUUCUACGCCCUGCGCUACCACAGCAUCGUCACCAUGCCGCGGGCCGUGGGUGCCGCCGCCGGCAUCUGGGUGGCCAGCACCGUCUCCAGCACCGUCUUCAUCGCCUACUACAAGAACAAUGCCGUCAUCUUCUGCCUCAUCGGCUUCUUCCUGGCCAUGCUGGUGCUGCUGGUGGCUCUCUACAUCCACAUGUUCGCCCUGGCGCGCCGCCACGCCCGCCACAUCUCCAGCCAGCACAAGCGCCGUGCCGUCUACCAGGCCGCCAGCCUCAAGGGCGCCGUGACCCUCACCAUCCUGCUGGGCGUCUUCUUCCUCUGCUGGGGGCCUUUCUUCCUGCACCUGACGCUCAUCGUCACCUGCCCCCGCAGCCCCUUCUGCACCUGCUUCUUCAACUACUUCAACUUCUUCCUCAUCCUCAUCAUCUGCAACUCCGUCAUCGACCCCCUCAUCUAUGCCUUCCGCAGCCAGGAGCUCCGGCGGACCCUCAAGGAGGUGGUGCUGUGCUCCUGGUAGCCCGGGCGCUGUGGGGGGUAGCGGUGGACGCCCCUUCUGUGGAGGGCCGUUGGGGCACAGGUUGAGACUGAGGGGUGCAUGACAGGGGCUGGGGCAGCCGGAGAUGCCCGGCCAGCUCCAAGACAAAGCAAGGGCAUGGUGGUGGGGGUCUCUGUGGGGUGGGAAUGACCCCCUGUGGCAGUGCUCCCCCAGGCUCCCUCUGCCAUCCUGGAGCCCUUCGCGCCCCCUCAGCACCUUCUUCCCAGCCACGGCUGCCCCAGGCAUUGCUCUCCAACCACCCUGGGUACCUCCUGUGCCCCCCCCGCCAGCUGCAGCGGG